AUGUCAUCAACAAAUAUUCAUUCGACACUUGAUUUUAUGUCAUCAUCUGCUUCUCUUUCACCAAUUUUACCAAGUUUAUCGGAAUUACUGGCACAAGAACGUUUCACUAAUUUAAUUCGUCCUUGUCUUCAACAAAUUCUCAAAAUUUUACAACGAAUACGUCCAUUAUCUAGUUUACUUAAAAUGCUUUAUCAAUAUAAAGAUGAAUUCAUAUUACUUAUUGAAGGUAUUUUACAAUGGUUCUAUCUUCAUUUUCAUUCGGCUCUUAUCGGUGAACAUUUUUAUGGAUUAAAACGAACAGCAGAUCAUCGAUUACGUUCUCUUAUUUUUUCGGUUUUUUUACCUUAUGUCAAAUUAAAACUUAAUUCCUUACAUAAACAAAUGCAUGACAACAAUACUAAUCGUCAUGUCACAUACUAUAUGGUUUUGCAACUUUUACCUAAAAUUCAAAUUCUUGUCGAUGGUAUCAGUUGGCUCUACCGUUUGAGUUAUGCAUUUGGUUUAAUUAAAUAUUAUAGUCCAACUCUUCAUUUAGCAAAUGUUAAAUUAACUUAUGCCAAAGAUCCAUCACCAACUAUUCCAUCAUUAUCAAAUACGAGUCGAUUUUUUUCUAUAAUUAGUCAAAUUAUUUCAAAUGGUCUAUUUCUUAUUCAAUUGAUCGACUGGUGGAAUAAUUCUUAUGGUUCAAAACAAAACUCUGUCAAUCAUGUUACCAAUCCAUCAUCACCUAUUAUUGAUCGAAAACGACCUAGACUUGAUAAUAAACAUCAAUGUCCUCUUUGUCGACAUUCAUGUAAUAUACCAACAGUGAUACUUGGUUCGAGUUAUGUUUAUUGUCAUGCAUGUAUUAGUGACUAUGUUAAACGAUACCAUCGAUGUCCAACAUCAAGUCGACCAAUAACAAAUGAACAUUUGGUUAAAAUUUAUUAA